CAAGAAGAGGUCCCACGCGUUCAAAAGCCCUGUGACUUGUGACGUCAUCAGCAUCUACCAGCAUCAGAUGACGCUUCAUUUCGCCGGCGUCGGCAGCGACCGGCUGGUGUCCGCGAUCGGACCAAAACGAAGUCAGGAAACUGAUUAAAAGGACACGAGUUAGAAGGACAAGAAUUAAAGCGAAAGUCCAUUCUCUUUUCCAUGUCAACAAUACGCGCGCUCCUGUCAAGGCCAGCAGUGAGCUACAUCCCCUACGUUAUCAUUAUUACCGGAAAAUUAUUCUUAAUCUCAUCGUUUCAUUCGUGGCAUCGCGAAACUCAGUCGAGGAUCGGCGUGUCGAACAUCCGGAGUCGGGACGAAGAAAGGAGUGGCGGAGGAAGAGGAGAAGGAGAAGGAGGAGGAGGACGUGCGGAAAAGAUCGUGUUGACGUUGCUCAGCCUGAGAUGAGCGACCAUGGUUGCAUACAUUUGAAUAAUUUUAAAGCGGCCAAAGGUAUCCAGCCAUAUAAAGUGAUACACUCGUACUUUGUCACUAGUACGUCAACCGAGGCACGUGUCAGAAAGGCUGUGAGCUGUUUAUGUCAUAUAUGUAAAACACAUAAAGAUCGUCUACAUUCUUGUCUCCAUUGCAUAUUCUUUGGCUGCUACAUCAAAGGUCACAUACAAGAACAUGCAAAAACAAAGAAACAUUUUUUAGCUGUUGAUCUGUGUUAUGGAAAUAUCUUGUGCUUCCAAUGCGGCGACUAUGUAUAUGACAGAGAGUUGUUAGCAGUAGCAAAGGCGCAAUGGAGCGAGUCGGCAAAAUCCUUGAGCUUCGGGGAAUUCUACCGGGCGUGGGAACCCACACAGAUAGAGGCAGAAUUGCUCAGGAAACACCCGCGUCGAAGACGUGUCGUGGAAAAUACCACUAUAGGUUUAAGGGGAUUGAUCAAUCUUGGACAAACUUGUUUUAUGAACUGCAUCGUACAAGUGCUGAUUCACACUCCCUUGUUAAGAGAUUACUUCCUUGCUGACCGUCAUCACUGCCCACAACCAAGCCGCUGUCUGGUCUGUGAAGUAUCCCAUUUAUUCCAGGAAUUUUAUUCAGGCAACAAGGCACCAUUGACACUUCACAAACUUCUUCAUCUGAUUUGGACACAUGUCAAACAUCUGGCGGGCUAUGAACAACAAGAUGCCCAUGAAUUCUUUAUUGCCACGCUAGAUGUUCUUCAUAGACAUUGCGAAGCCGCUCCGAUAUUAGUCAAGGACAACCCUCAUCAUUGCAAUUGUAUCAUUGAUCAGAUAUUUACUGGAGGCCUUCAAAGCGAUGUUGUAUGUCAGGUUUGCAAUGGAGUGUCUACGACAAUAGAUCCAUUUUGGGAUAUAUCUUUGGAUUUGGGUCCUGCUGCUGAUAGCUCUGGUUCCGAUAAAUCUGGGCUUCCUACUUCCCUAUUGGAUUGUUUGGAGAGAUUUACUAGAGCUGAGCAUCUGGGUUCUACCGUAAAGAUCAAAUGUAGCAAUUGUGAAACUUAUCAAGAAAGCACAAAGCAGCUAACAAUGAAGCAACUGCCAAUUGUGGCCAGUUUUCAUCUAAAACGAUUCGAACACUCUAGUAUCCAGGAUAAGAUAUGUAAAAAGGAGAAAAUCUCCACAUUCAUCUCUUUCCCGGAACAAUUAGACAUGACACCAUUUAUGUCACACAAGCGUAAUGGUAAUAACAAUAGCGCUAUGAUAGAUGGUUUAUUCAAGAACGGAGAAAAUCUGACUUUCAGUGACAAUAGGUACUCUCUGUUUGCCGUGAUAAAUCACAAGGGUUCUUUAGAGACUGGACAUUAUACUGCUUUCAUCAGACAACAGAGAGAUCAAUGGUUCAAGUGUGAUGAUCAUUUAAUUACAAAAGCUAGGCUGAAGGAUGUUUUGACUAGUGAAGGAUAUCUUCUAUUUUAUCACAAACAAAUUUUGGAGUACGGCCGGAAUAAUAAAGUAUGAGAGAGAGAAAGAGAGAG